GGGCUCCUGGGAAGACGCGGGGACGGGAAUCUGCCUGGAGCAAACCCCAACACCUGGAGCUCGCGCGCUGGCGGGAAAAGCAGGGUAGCCUGCGCAAAGGUGAGCGCAGCUGCCUCGCUCAGCCCGCACGUUCGCCGGCCGGGAAUGAACGCCGCUGCCCCGAGGACGCCGGAUGGACGCCGGAGACCAGGGCCGGGACCCGAAGCGCGCUCCUGAAGCCUCACUUACGGAAGGGUGGUCGCUCUCACCUGAGGAAGGCGACCCUGAAGGACAAGGCGGGACCUAGCUACAAGUCUGCCUCCUUUGCGGCGAGUUUGUCCUCGAGGAACGGAAUGGUAUUGAAGCAGGACUUCGGUCCUGACUUACCAAGCGUCCCAUCCUCUUCCAUGCAAGUAUAACACACUCCGCAAUCUGCUCAGCACAGGAAGAGUUAAAGAUGAUGAUGAGGAAAAAGAGGAAGCGCGGAGGCCCGUCCCUCCGCUCAUGCUUCAGCCGCGUCGCCCCGCCGCUGGAAUCCCGAAGAGCUGCAUGGACGGGCAUGGGGACAGCGGCCCCUUUCUGCGCCAUCGCCGCCUCCGCCACCAAGGUUGAGGAGCAACAACGCCGCCCUGGUCGUCAACCGCGCGCCCCGCCUUUGGCUGCUCUUGUUCUGCUCAGCCUCGGGCUGCUCCCACACACAGGUGAUUGUCAGCUGCAGACACCAUGUCGAAUCCAGAAGUGCACUACAGACUUUAUAUCACUAACGUCUCACCUGAACUCAGCCAUUGAUGGCUUUGAUGUGGAGUUUUGCAAAGCCCUCCGGGCCUAUUCUGCUUGUACCUAUCGCAAUUCCAAAGUCUGCCGCGGCAACCUGGUCUAUCAUUCUGCUGUGCUGGGGAUUGGUGAUCUCAUGAGCCAGAGAAACUGUUCUAAAGAUGGUCCAACAUCCUCUACUAACCCUGAAGUUACUCAUGAUCCUUGCAAUUACAGCGGCCGUCAGGGAACCAGAGAUUAUCGCGGAGGAGAGCAGAUUCCCCCUACUUACUUUUUCUGUGGCUUGUUUGGAGAUCCCCAUCUACGGACCUUUAAGGAUCAUUUUCAGACAUGCAAAGUGGAAGGGGCUUGGCCGCUCAUAGACAACAACUAUUUAUCAGUGCAGGUGACAAAUGUUCCUGUGGUCCCAGGAUCCAGUGCUACUGCAACAAAUAAGAUUACCAUUAUCUUUAAAUCCUACCAAGACUGUACAGAUCAGAAGGUGUAUCAGGCAGUAACCGAUGAUUUGCCAGCAGCUUUUGUAGAUGGCACUACUAGUGGUGGAGAUGGAGAUCCCAAAAGCUUGCGUAUUGUGGAAAGAGUGAGUGGCAAAUACGUGGAAAUGCAUGCUAGGUACAUUGGAACUACCGUGUUUGUGCGCCAGCUUGGCCGUUACUUAACACUAUCCAUUCGCAUGCCAGAAGAGCUAGCCUUGGCUUAUGAGGAGAGCCAGGACCUGCAGCUCUGUGUGAACGGCUGUCCCUCCAGUGAACGUAUUGAUGACAGCGGGCAUCUUCCUUUACCAGUGUUGGGGCAGCUUCUUCCUUCUGGGGUUUCAAGUCACACCCGUUCUGUAUAUACACUGGAGACUGCAACCACCAAGUGCCAUGAGAAGAUGCUCCUGAAGGACAUCUAUUUUCAUUCUUGUGUAUUUGAUUUACUCACCACUGGUGACGCCAAUUUCACAGCUGCUGCACACAGUGCCUUGCAGGAUGUUGAGGCGCUGCAUCCGAGGAAGGAGAGAUGGCACAUCUUCCCCAACAAUGAAGGCAGUGUUCAGAGGGCAAAAUUUGGACUUGGACUUGUGGGCUUUCUGCUUCUUGUGUUUUUGUAGAAUUCUCCCCUCUUUGAUGGUUGUUGUAGAGAACAAAGUUUUAAAAUAUAUAUUGUCAUAAUAUAUUAAGAACAUAUAUGUAUAUACCGUGUAUAUGAAGGGAUGCUUUUUUGUCCUGGGACAUCCAGAGGAUUGUAUAUAAUUGUGUUAUCCUUUUUCCUAUGUAUGUUGGAUGUAAUAUUCUUUUGAUUGUAAUAUUUUUUGCUUUGCAGUUGGUGAAACAUUUUAUAAUGUCCUUUCAUCAGGACCUAAUAGAAAGCACUUUAUUUUUUAUAUAUUAACUAUUUAUGUGUACCUAGGUAAUACGUAAAGCAUAUAUCCAUCUGUAUAUAUACCAUACCCAGUAUGCCCUCUAAGUAUUGCCUAGCUUAAUUCGUACACUUAUAAGUUUUAUUUGAUUCCUUUUCUUCCAUUCUUUUGGCCAGUUAAGACAACACAAGAAUCUAGCUAGGUAGAUAAUAUAGACCUAGGUCUAGGACAAGCCUAGGACUUCCAUUGGACCCUGGCCAGUAGCCUCCAUUCAUAGGAAUGCAGCAAUUAUUGGCCAUCAAUCUUCAGAUUUAGUGCAUUCACAACUGCAUCUUAUUGUUUACUGAUGCAGCAAAUCUCUGCUUCCUUCCAAGAAUUGCUUUUUAGCAUUGAAAAUUGUACUUAAUGUGCAAGUACAAAAUGUAAGUUUUCUAUGAAUUUCGUAAAGGACAUGCAUGGAAAACUGCGUCUCUUUUCUUUCCAGAUGUAUAUGAAUGAGGCCUAAAGAUUUUCCAGAACUUUUUUGGGAGGCUAGACCUCAAAUCUCUUUCAUAAUUAUAUGGAUCUCUUCAAGUGGUUUGUAUUAAAUGUUGUACCCUAAGAUAGUGGUAGGCCUUAAUUUCUUAAUUUUACUCCUAAACAUUUUUGCAACAACAACUAAUCAUAAAAAUUGGUAAUGAGCAUAAUUUUUGAAUUGUCUGAAAAGAAAAGUAGAAAAUUAAGAAAAUGGAUAUUGCUCAGGAGGUUAGGAUUACUUAAUUAUCAUUCCUUUGUCAAUUUUAGCAAGUUGAUCAACUGCAAGAUCUUCUGCAUUGGUCUGCUAAGUACAGACAUACACAUAAACAAUAUUUUGAAUGUGUAAAAAGACUGGCAGAUUUUUUGUGACAUCAGUUUUCAUGGAUUACAGUCUAUUAUAUGACACAUCUGUGAUACAGGCUGCAGCGAAUAAGAACUUAACGGCACAAAACUUUUGGGUGCCCAAAUGCCAUUUCCCCCUUCCCCCCACUUUUGUGUAACUGAGGAGACUGUAUAAGUGUUCCAUACUUAGUAUUUUAAUUCCUUCCAACACUUGCUAGAAUUGUUGCACUAAAGUCCUUAAAGUAUACUCUAGAUACAGAGAAAUUUAUAUAAAAUUCACUGCCAGCUGAACAAGCAUUUCUUACUCUCUUAUUAGCAGAAUAUCAUUUCCCAUGCUGGCAGCUAGGCUGAGAACAAUCCUGCUUCAGAUCAUUUCAGCUUUAGCUAUACUUAAUGAAGAGCAAUCAGCAAAACAAAGCAUUGUGCUAGGAAGGCAUGGUGGUUCCUUGGACUGUAAUAGUAGAUGCUCCUUAGGACUGGUGAUUGAUCUGGGAAUGGGUUGUUAUGUCUCAAGCAGGGCUUUUACUCAGCAUUUGAGACUGGAAGUGUCAAAGAUUGAAGCUGCCACCAUCCUCCUGUGCCUGGAUUAGUUGCAUAUGUGCUUAGUAAUUUUCAUUGUAGUGGAAGAGCAUUGGUUUGUAAUACUGAUUGGAACUCUAUCCUAGUUAUGCAUAGAUAUUUCUAGCUUGCUUGACUUGGAUUCAUGUCAUGCAAAUUCUUGUUGAUCUUGAGUAAAUCCUUCCUGUUUUAAAGUGACAGCACCAUAGUAGUUUAAGCUUUUACUUAAAAUCACCAAAUACAAGCAAAAUUGCUUGCUAGUUUGUAUAUUCAAAAUGUGCCUGAUCUCAGAAUGUCAGGAUGAACUUGUGGUUCAGGUUUGUGGCCCAAGUAUAUGACUUAAUUUUUGCAGCUACAAAAUCUUUAAAAUUCUGCCUUUGGUCAGUUGUUAAGGCAAUACAGAAUAUGAAGCCAACCUUACUGUAUUUCUCCUCCCCUUGUUCCCUUUCCGGUCUUGUAUGGAGAGAAACAUGAUGGUCUUAGAAUAGUUGAAUUUUUUCAUAUUUUUAUGUGCCAAGUGAAAAGGUAUUUGUGGAAGAAGUCUGGUUAGACAAGUCUAGAGUUAUAGCUACAUUGUAAGUAACAGGUGUAUGCUAAUUUUCUGCAUUCCCAAACCCCCAUGAAAUGUACACACGUGUGUGUUGACAAACAUACACAACAAAUAACUAAAAACUAAGGAAUCCAGAGAUAAAUCAUAUUUUGGAAAAGGUGGCAUUGGAAAUGCUUUUCCCUUCUUGUCCUAACUCUGGGCUUUUUUAAAAGAAAAUAUUAUUCGCACAUGUUGGUUCUUAAAAGUCCACCAUAGCCAAGAGAACUUUAGUCAAUGCCAAACAUAUAGAUAGCUUGAAGCUAGUGAAUGGUCUCUGGAGAAAAUAUACUUAGAGGGAACACUGGUUUUCAUAGAUACUCCAAUCGACUGUCUCUUUUAGAAGGCUUCAGACUUAUGCUUGGGAAGAAGAAUACAAAAUAAAACCCACAGUGUGACCCAUAUUUUUCAGAACAUUUUAGAUGUGCUUCAUGGCUAUACUAUUAAGUAUAUGUUUGUGUGAAAAACAAAAGUGACCGUGCAGUGUAUACUUUAAAUUAUGAUAGAAUAAUAAAGUUACAUAUCAUGCUGUGGAA